AUGCCCUACCGGGCUGCCCGCGCCCACUCCAUCGUGAGCCUCGGUCUCGGCCUCGAACGCACACCAGCGCCGCUGUUCCGUGUGCCCGCCAGAGCAGCUGCAGACAUGUCUUCCGACAAUGCCUCGGCGCCAGGCUCGAGUUUGCCCGUGCCGGCCCAGAGCGCGGGCUCUCCGAAGCCUGCCACCGAGCUCUACCCCAUGAGCAACAGGAAAUAUGACACUUUCCUGUGGUUCAUGUCCAUCUUUGUCGAUCUCUUCUUCCGCGAGGUCCAUCCCAGGGGCUCCUGGAAGGUCCCCAGGCAGGGCCCUGUCUUGUUUGUUGCCGCGCCCCAUGCCAACCAGUUUGUCGACGCCCUGAUCCUCCAGCGAACCCUGAAGAAGGAAGCCAAGCGGCGUGUCUCUCUCCUUGUCGCGCAAAAGUCCGUCCACGGCUUCAUCGGCUGGGCCUCCCGCCAGACCGGUGCUGUCCCCGUUGGCCGUGCACAGGAUGCUGCCAUACCUAAGAAAGGCACCGUAUACCUCCCCGACCCCAUAGGCGACCCGACGCUGGUCCGGGGAAUCGGUACGAAUUUUGAAAGGGACGCGGAGAUCGGCGGCAUGAUCUUCCUGCCCGCCGGCAAGGGCCAGGCAAGCACGAGCGUCGACAUAGCAGAGAUUCACGGGCCCGAGGAGAUACGCAUCAAGAGGCCGUUCAAAACAAAGCUGUCCGUGUUCCAGCUGACAGCGCGCGACGACAUCGACGACUCCGGCAACUUCACCAACAAGGAGCUCAAGGGUAUCAAGGAUGGCUAUAAUGGCACCCCGUACAAGCUGGCACCUCACAUUGACCAGACUAAGGUAUACGAGGCAGUGUUUGACCGGCUGCGAUCCGGCGGAUGCGUAGGCAUCUUCCCCGAGGGCGGUAGUCAUGACCGCACCGGGCUCCUUCCUCUGAAGGCUGGUGUUGCCAUCAUGGCGCUUGGGGCCCUUGCGGACUCGCCCGAAGUCAACCUCAAGAUAGUACCUGUCGGCAUGAACUACUUCCACGCCCACAAGUUCCGGUCGAGGGCGGUAGUCGAGUUCGGCCAGCCCAUGGAUAUCCCCACGGAGCUCGUUGAGAUGUACAAGAACGGGCAAAGGCGAGACGCCAUCGGCCAGCUCUUGGACACGGUAUAUCAGGGUCUGACUGCUGUCACCGUGCAGACGCCCGACUACGACACCCUGAUGCUCAUCCAAGCCGCCCGGCGUCUUUACAAGCCGACCGGCAAGAAGCUACCGCUCCCUUAUGUUGUCGAGCUGAACCGGAGGCUAGCAAUGGGCUACGAGAAGUACAAGGACGACGAGCGCAUCGUCCAGCUGUCGGAGGCGGUCAAGGACUACAAUAAGCAGCUCCGGUACCUCAACAUGCGCGACCACCAAGUCCAAUACGCCAGGAUGCCCAUACACACUGUCCUGCUGACCACCUUCUACAGGGUGGUCAAGCUCUUGGUACUCCUGGUCGGCACCCUGCCCGGCCUCCUCCUUUUCACGCCCGUCUUUGUGUUGACAAAGUUUAUCAGCGUGAAGAAAGCCAGGGAGGCAUUGGCGGGCUCCUCUGUCAAGAUCCAAGGCCGCGACGUUAUGGCGACAUGGAAGAUAAUGACGGCUCUGGGAUUUGCCCCGAUACUCUACAACACGUACAUCUGCAUCUUUGUCUGGAGAGUCUACGCAGACCGCCUUUGGGGCUACUGGGACUACGUUCCGAGAUGGAUUCCCCUGUGGACGGCCUUCCCGAUCGGCUGGAUGGUGUUCCCGCUGAUCACCUUUGCGGCGCUGCGGCUGGGGGAGGUGGGGAUGGACAUUUUCAAGUCGCUGCGCCCACUCGCCAUGUGCCUCAACCCUGCGUCCAGCUACAACAUCUACCAGCUGAGGGAGCGGCGCGCGGAGCUGAGUGAGCGGGUGACCGAGGUGAUCAACGAGCUGGGGCCCGAGAUGUUCCCAGACUUUGACAAGACGCGGAUCGUAGCUGACCCAUCCAAGGAUGGCCGGCCGAGGACGCCGGGCAAGCCGCCAACCGCGAGACGCGACAGUGACAUGUCGAGCACAGGGCUCGAGGCGGAGAGCCCGACGCGGCCUCUUACCAGGCGCGACACGACGUCGUCAAGCCGGGGCCUGCCCAAGAACGAGUCCUACAGCAACAUCGGCAAGGUGGGCAUCUUCUCGACACGACCGCCGUCCCGGUCAAGGAGCAGGAGUAGCAGCUCGGGCGGGGCGUUCGGCUCGACGGGGUUCCCCGUCAGUGCCUUCACCACGCUGGACUCGAAGGAGGGGCUGGACGAGGUCAGCCGGAAGAUCCGGCAGGAAAUGAAGGAGCGAGGCGAGCUGAGGAGACGAAAGAGCGCGGGCAAGAAGGCGUUCGAGCUGCAGAGUAACGACGGCGAGAGCGAUGAGGAGGAGGACGAAGCGGGGGACAAGCAGCAAGCGUGA